UAUUAAAGGCUGAACUACCCAAAAUGACUCAACAAACCCAUCCAAAAUUCAUUUCCAAUCAACCCAUGUGUCAUAACCGGUUUUUUCCCAAUUACGCCCACUGUUAUCUUCCCCAGCUGACUGAGGAUGAGGAGCACUGUAGCCGCCGUCGAUCCGUCGCUACUCGUCCCUGCCACCUCCUUCACCGCCGGUAUCGCGCUCAUUGUUCCGGCCAGAACCUUACCUCCCGUCAAAUCCGUCCGGAAAAGGCUCUCCGUAGCCUGUGCGGCUGCUUCUCCUUCGCAUUCUGCGUCUACAUUCGGAAGGCGAGGGCUGCUGUAUAUGGCGACGGCGUCGUUUCUCAUGACUUCCCCCAGCUUGUCCUCGCCUAUUGAUGAGACGAUUCUGUUACAAGAUGAGAUUGGGAAAGUUUUGUCCAAAGGCAAGGCUGCCGGUUUACUUCGUCUAGUAUUUCAUGACGCCGGAACUUUUGAUGAGGGUGAUAAAACAGGUGGUAUGAAUGGUUCGAUAGUUUAUGAGCUUGACAGACCCGAAAAUAUGGGUCUCGAGAAGUCACUGAAGGUACUUGCUAAAGCGAAAGCUCAAGUGGAAGCAGUACGACCAGUAUCCUGGGCGGAUUUGAUAGCUGUGGGUGGGGCCGAGGCUGUCUCUGUGUGUGGAGGUCCGAAGAUCUCUGUUCAACUGGGAAGAAUUGAUGCAACGGUGCCUGAUCCUGAUGGGAAGCUUCCAGAAGAAUCACUAAAUGCGGCUGCCAUGAAGCAAUGCUUUCUAAAGAAAGGCUUCUCAACCCAGGAACUUGUUGCUUUAUCUGGAGCUCAUACUCUUGGAAGCAAAGGUUUUGGAAACCCAGUUGUCUUCGACAAUUCUUACUAUAAGAUUCUUCUAGAGAAGCCAUGGUCUUCUUCAGAUGGGAUGUCUAGUAUGAUUGGCCUUCCUUCCGACCGUGCACUAGUUGAGGAUGAAGAAUGCAUCAGGUGGAUCUCAAAAUAUGCUAAUGAUCAGGAUCUUUUCUUCGAAGAUUUUAAGAAUGUGUAUACUAAACUCGUGAACACUGGUGCAAAGUGGAGAACUACGUGAGUGGUGAAAAAGCAGUGCAUAUUGCAGGUCUGAUUUAAGUAUUGGUUGGAUGCAGAUUAAGACAAAGGCAGAUAUAAACCAGUUUUGGUUGACAAGCUUUCACUUGGUUGUUUCCAAAAACUGCAACAAUUUACAGUUUCUGGUCUUACAGCAAUAGGUAUAUAUGCUGCUUGACGACGAGGAUUAAACAUCGGCCUAAGUGUAAGACUUGUGGAGCAAAAGUUUGAUUUUGUGAAGAAAUAUGGAUAAACUGUAUAAGCUGUAAUAAUUGCUGGACCUGAAGAGGAAAUCAGAAAUUUAAAAGCAUUGCAACUUUCGAAUAUGAAAGAGAUUGAGCAGGUCAAAAGUAUAAACUGGCAUUUGCACUAAUAAGGUUGUUGUUAGACAAGUCUAACUGUUAGAUAGAUAAUUAGAUACUUCUUUUCAGUGUAUACAUAUACUUUCAAAAUGAAAUGGUUCACGCUCUGAAAAACAAGGUAAGAAAGUAAUAUUGGUACACGCUCUGAAAAACAACGUAAG